UCUCAUCUAUCUCAAGAUACAUGAAAUGAGACGUACUUAAACACAAUAAAAUUUAAUAAAAAUUAAUUUUUAAACUAAAUAGAUUUAGAUAAGUUAAAUCCCCGUCUAUUCUUUUCCGUUGCGGGACGGGAACCACAUGGCUACGACUAUUCCCAAUAUUAACGGCGCCGUCGUAGCCGGAAUUGGUACCGGAACCGAGAUCUACGGCAAUGCAACUCGCCGAUCUGCCUUCAGCUUUAUGCCUGCACCUUCAACUCUGUCAACCGCUCUUCGUAUUCCGACCGGUUCGCUCUUAAUUAACUCCGGCCCGAGUCGAGCCGGUCGAGUUGACUCAUUCCUUACUGGUUUUCGUCUCUCCUCUUCUUCAAUUCGAUCCUCCGCCGCAGAGUCCGCCGGGGAGCAAGCGGAAGCUGAUUCUUCAGCUCAAGGUAUUGAGAACUUGGUAAUAGUAGGAUCAGGUCCUGCUGGGUAUACAGCAGCAAUUUAUGCUGCUCGGGCCAACUUGAAGCCCGUGGUGUUUGAGGGAUUUCAAGUGGGUGGUGUUCCAGGAGGACAAUUAAUGACAACAACUGAAGUAGAAAACUUCCCUGGAUUUCCUGAUGGGAUAACUGGCCCUGACUUAAUGGACAGGAUGCGACGACAAGCUGAGCGAUGGGGAGGCGAAUUGUUUCAGGAAGAUGUGGAGUUUAUUGAUGUCAAGAACACUCCUUUUACUGUACGAAGUACUGAACGUAAGAUCAAGUGCCAUAGUCUUAUCAUAGCAACGGGAGCCAGAGCUCAAAGGCUAAGAUUACCUCGUGAAGAUGAAUUUUGGAGUAGAGGUAUUAGUGCAUGCGCAAUUUGUGAUGGAGCAUCGCCACUUUUCAAGGGUCAGGUUCUUGCUGUUGUUGGAGGUGGUGAUACAGCUACUGAGGAAGCAAUAUACUUAACAAAGUAUGCAAGCCAUGUCCAUUUACUUGUCAGGAGGGACCAACUAAGGGCAUCAUAGGCAAUGCAAGACAGAGUUUUUAACAGUUCAAACAUCACUGUGCAUUUCAACACUGAGACUGUUGACGUUGUCAGCAACUCUAAAGGCCAGAUAUCAGGCAUUUUGAUCAGAACAGUUGAUACAGGAGAAGAGUCUGUGCUCGAGGCAAAGGGCCUAUUUUAUGGUAUCGGUCAUUCUCCAAAUAGUAAACUCUUGGAAGGCCAAGUUGAACUUGAUAGUGCAGGCUAUAUAUUAGUCAAGGAGAGCACCGCCAAAACUUCUGUUGAAGGUGUAUUUGCAGCUGGAGAUGUCCAGGAUCAUGAAUGGAGGCAAGCUGUAACUGCAGCUGGCUCUGGAUGUUUAGCUGCUCUAUCAGUGGAGAGAUAUCUCACAAGCAAAAAUCUUCUGGUUGAAUUUCACCAGCCGCAAGCUGAAGAUGAUAAAAAGGAACUUAUGGAGAAAGAUGUUCAAGAAAGUUUUGAUAUAACAUAUGUGAAACACAAGGGCCAGUAUGCUUUGCGGAAAUUGUACCAUGAGAGCCCAAGGCUUCUGUGUGUACUAUAUACAUCGCCAUCAUGUGGUCCAUGCAGGACUUUGAAACCAAUUCUUAGCAAGGUGAUUGAUGAAUUUGACCAGCAUGUCCACUUUGUUGAAAUUGACAUUACUGAAGACCCAGAGAUUGCUGAGGCAGCUGAAAUUAUGGGUACUCCAUGUGUGCAAUUUUUCAAGAACAAGGAAAUGCUCAGGACCAUAUCAGGUGUAAAAAUGAAGAGAGAAUAUAGGGAGUUAAUCGGAGCGAAUAAAUGAGGAUAUAGAAUUAUCUUGUUUAUGGCGAAACCAAAAUGUUAAGUCAGCAACACUUCCAAGUGCAACUUCUUUUCGUCACAUCCGUCUAGCCAUAAAAAAGCACGUCUUAGUUGGCACAAAUUAUUUUCUCCUGGACUGGUCAUUUUUUAAACAGACUAGUACCUUGUAUUAGCUUAAUUUAUACUUGAAAUUGCACAUCACAUGUCCUCAAUUUGUCAGAAAGUUCGAUAGUGAUCAAGAAAUAGAGUGCAUCCAGAAAUAAUUUUGUUUGAAGAUUGUUACUUUGCAUUUUACACUAUCAUUUGUCUAUCAGAAGCAACCUCAUUACCCCUAUCAAGAGUAGGGGUAGAUUCUGCUUACACCCUACUUGUGUGAAUAUAUUAGGUAUAUUGUAUUUGUAAUGGGUGGUAACUAUUGCUAUUGGACCUUUAUUUUUGUUGCAUGGUAUUGUGUUUUUCGAUUUUUUUGUUUAGAAGAAAAAAUAAUAAUAUCAUAGAUAGAUUUCCAUGUGAGAGCAAUUAGAUUUAUAGAAAUUGUUAAUAUUGCAUUUUCCACAUGUACAGUACAUUGUUGGCCAGUGAGAACCUUUUUUUUCCUGCCUGGUGCCUGGUCCAAAUCUGCAUUCUUACUGGGAAGUCACACAUUGGGGGUGGGUGGGUGACACACUCUCUAAUAAAGGCGACUUUGUAAUUAAGUAGACUAAAACUCAAGGCCUUUAAUUAAGAUUUAAAUGAGUAUUUAUCACUUCACCAGAACCCUUAUUAGUAAUGAGAAUCAUUUGUCUUCUGACUGAAUCAACUAGAAAUGGUGUUUGGUAGAGAUUUGGUCAAGGCAUCCUUUGCAAUAAUAAACCUACUAUAUUCAGCCAUUUUUUUGAAGUUAAAUUUUGUCAAAACCCAUCACCCCUGAAGUCCAAUUCAUUUAUUUUUAGGAAAAAUUACUUUUAACUCCACUUUAUUAUCAUAUUUUCUUAUUUUUUCUAUCAUUUUAAAAAAUAUAUAAAAUCCCUUCUUUUCAUUCUAUCAUCCUUUUUUUUAGAUAUUGUAAUUUCAAAUUUCAUACCCAUGUGUAGAUCAUAAAAUUCGCGUUGAGAAAACAAUAAUCAAGAACGGAAAA